AUGGCUUCGGUGGCGCUGUUGUUCCUGCUGGUUGGAUGCUUUGGAUCGGGCACGUUUGCAGCGAACAUUCUGUACAUUAACACCGUUGCAUCGCCAAGUCAUUUCGGAUGGAAUCGAGCGCUAAUUUACGAGCUUGCCUCCCGUGGCCACAACCUAACCGUGUUCGGGGUGGACACCGCUCCAAACCCACCAACGAACGUCACCUUCAUUUUGGCCGAAAAUGUGUACGACACACUGUACAGUGAUCCAAACGUGGAUACAGACUUUUUCGAAAUGAGCAAGAUUGGCCCGUUCAAAAUGCUGCUACUAUUCAACGAGUAUGUGCUUGGUGUAUGUGAUAUUGUACUGCGCACGGAAGGUGCCAAACAGUUGCAGAACUAUCCGGCAGACUUUGGUUUUGAUCUGAUCAUCCACGACUAUCUGUCUGGACCGUGUUUAGCAGCGCUGGCGCACCACCGUUUCGGCAAGCCACCGGUGAUCGCCGUUACCGCUUUCCACGGUAUCUCGACGGCGCUCUCCAUAACGGGCUCGUACCAAAACUCAGCACUCGUCCCGAACCACGCUUACGAUGCGACCGAGGACAUGAGCUACAAGGAGCGCUUUAUCAAUUUGCUUGUAAACAUGCAGGAAGAAAUGCUGCACGCUUACGAUCUCAUUCCAACCUCCAACAAAAUGCUCCGAAAGUACGAUCCAACGCUGCCCGAUGUGGCCGAGUUUUACAGCCAAACGAAGCUGGUCCUGCUGAACGCGAACCCCAUCAUCCAGUACACCGAACCGUUCAUGCCCAACGUGAUCCCGGUCGGUGGACUGCAGAUCAUCAAGCCGAAACCACUGCCGGCCGAUUUGGCCACCCUGCUCGAACAGGCCGGCCCGAAUGGUGUGAUCCUGUUCUCGCUCGGCACCAACGUACGCAGCGAUAAGUUAGGUGAAGCCCGUAUCCUCUCCAUCAUCGGUGCGAUGGAAGCGUUACCCCAGUACACGUUCCUAUGGAAGUUUGAAUCGGACACGCUACCACGUGCGUUGCCCGGCAACGUGCACAUAAAAAAAUGGCUCCCACAAAACGAUCUACUAGCGCAGCCCGCUGUCAAACUGUUUAUAACGCACAGUGGACUGCUAAGCACGCAGGAAGCGAUCUGGCACGGGGUGCCGAUCAUCGGAUUUCCCGUGUUUGCCGAUCAGUUCAAAAACAUCAACUACUGCGUAACGAAGGGCGUUGGCAAGCGGCUUAGCAUUGAGCAUCUCAACAAGGAAGAGCUAGUCAGUGCGAUACGCGAAAUCAUGACCACGGAAAGUUAUCGCACCAACAUGAAGCGCAUGUCAUCGCUGUUCCGCGACCAGCCCGAACAUCCGCUCGAUCGGGCUGUCUGGUGGGUGGAGUGGGUUCUGCGCCACCCGGAUGCGACGGAAAUGUUGACGCACGGUUCCCGGUUGCACUGGUUCGUGAAGUACUCGUACGACGUGCUGAUACCACUGUUCGCCUCGAUCGCGCUCGUGCUGCAUGGCCUGUUCUUCAUCGUUCGUCGUCUGUUCUGUCGCCGAAAAUCACCUUCCAAGACUGGCAAGCAGAAGCGUUCGUAA